UCUUGUGAAAUAUCAAUAUUUCAGAUUGAUGGUCGUGGCUCAACAGGGCGUGGGUGGAGAUACAGAAGUGCUAUCUACGGUGUUCUCGGUUCGGUUGAAGUUCAGGAUCAGAUUGAAGCUUUGAAAGCAGUCCUGAAGAAACAUCCAACUCUUGAUGCGUUGCGAGUCUCAGUUUUCGGCUGGUCCUACGGUGGUUUUGUAGCUGUCAAAAUGCCGGAGGUAGCACCAGAAGGCUUUUUCAAAUGUGCCGUCGCAGUGGCACCGGUGAGAAACUUGUUUAUUUUGGAUGCCACAUAUACGGAGCGAUAUAUGGGAGAAGCUAGAAUGCCAGCUUACGAAUCCGGCGACAUCACCUUUGACGUUUCUCAUUUCCGAAAAACUCGCCUCUUACUCGCUCAUGGAUUGCACGACGAUAAUGUCCACUUCCAAAACAGCGCUCUGCUUAUGGAAGCUUUACAGAUUCAAGAUAUUGAUUUUGAUUUGAUGCUCUAUCCCAAUCAGGACCAUUCAAUUUCACGGCGUAAACACUUGUAUCGCAAAAUUGCUGCCUUUUUAGAUCGAUGUGCUAGACAAUAA